CCAGAUGGUCAAUCCACCCAUGAAGAGGCAGGGAAAUGUCAGAGUGUUUUACGCUAUUGAGCUGCUCUGUUCAUAUUGUAUUUAGCCUAGCUGUAGAAGGCAGUGAAGAGUAACUACGUGGUAUAGUAGGUCCCCUGGGCGUCUGAAAUACAAAUUCAGUUAAAACGGUCGGAUUUCGUAUUACCAAUUCCAAAGCAAUGCUGCGAUUAAGUAGUUGCUGUCGCUUCGCGAGCACUGCCGCACGGACUUCGUACUUUCCUGCUCGAGUAAAAGUAACUGCUCGCGGACACAUGUACAAGAAAUGGUCUUCCACCAUGGCUGCGAUUUCCCCGAUUUUGACAGUGCAACCCACCCGAGGACUCGUGGAUGAGAAAAUCAUGGUGGUCGUUAAGAACCUACCCCAGUGUUUCGCGGUAACCCUACAUUCUCUGCUUUACUCAGAGGGCAAGGAUUACUGGGAGGCGUUCGGCAAUUACACCAGUGACGACAAAGGAACGGUAACAGUGUCGCAGGAUGCCAGUGUUGGAGGAACAUAUGAAGGCACAGAGCCCAUGGGUCUACUGUGGAGCAUGCAGCCUGUUCCAGGGAGUCGACCAGGCCUCCGGUUGAGAAAGAUGAAUGUCCUCACUCCCAUGGUGGUACACAUCUCUGUGUACAGUGGUCAUGUGACUGAGGGCUUCAGCAAGCAGUCUCCCCUAGCAACUGUUGACAUAGAGCGAUGGUACCUGGCACCAGGUGUUCGCAGAAUUGACAUCAGGGAAAAUGGGGUCAAAGGCACCCUGUUUAUACCCCCAGGUACCAAAGCAUUGUUCUGUCCUGACCGAAACACACAACUUUGCAUCACAGCCCUAAUUGUCAUUGACACAUUCAAGCUCUUGGACCGUUUCACACCAGGAUCAACAAAACUAUAUAUCGAGGUAUAUCGAAUGCACUACUUACAAAGAAACAAACUACAAAUUUACAGUGCCCUACUCACAAGUAUUUUAUUGCCUUUCUGUGUCUCAGGUCCUGGACCCUUCCCUGGUGUGUUGGAUUUGUGGGGUGGGGGGGGUGGACUGGUGGAGUACCGAUCUGGACUCCUGGCAUCACAUGGUUUUGUUUCCAUGGCUCUAGAAUACCUUUCCUCUGAGAUCAGUGCCUCAAAUGUUGAUGACAAAUAUUUUGAGAAAGCAUUCAGGAUUGUUCAAGAGCACCCAUUGGUUAUGAAGGACAGUGUUGCGUUGUUUGGGCUCUGCUUUGGUACAUCAGUGACCCUCAAAAUGGCAGCCUACUCAAAAGCCAUCAGCCCUAGAUGCUGUGUGUGUGUCAGUGGGAGUCACGUCCAACCAGUCAACAAGUCGCUCAGUGAGUUUUUUUCAAAGUUUACAGCGGACAUGAAUUCAUCCAGAUGGGAUGACGAGGGUCGUCUGAUCGUUAGAGAUAUCACUGUGCCUAUUCCAACUGAGCCAGGAGAGAAAGUGGAUGUGGGGAGAAUAAAGUGUCCUGUGAUCUUGAUUGUCGGCGAGGACGAUCAGAGUUGGGCCACAGUGGAGUCUGCCGAGGAUAUAACCCAGAUGAUGCGUGCAGCAGGAAAUGAACACCUGCUGACCACGUUCCGAUACCCCGGUGCUGGACACCUCAUUGAGCCACCCUACACUCCCCACGUCAGAGCCAGCAACUUCAAAAAGCAAAACACAAGAGAUAAAGUGGUCAUGUUAUGGGGAGGGUUCCUCAAGCUACAUGCAGAUGCUCAAGAAGAUUCCUGGGAAAAGAUUCUCUGUUUUUUACAGCAUCAUCUCUACCCCAGGCAAGACUCAGUCUCUCAGGCCAAGCUGUGAUGUCACACCCAAGGCCCUUCAGAACUAGUAUGAUCAUGUAUGGAAGCUAAAUCUUAAUAGCGUUAAUAAGUUGAGCCUGGUGAUAAAAAAUAUUUUUGGUUUGGCACAAUGUUCAAAUUAAUUUUCAGUGUGAUAUAAAGGCUACAAAAAAGCUAAAUGUUUUUAUGAAUGUGAUAAUAAUCUUACAUACAACAGUUCUUUGUAGUAGAGGAAUCUGGUGGAAAUCACACUAUAGGUUACAAAAUCAAUGCUUGUUCUUAAAGGGGCAGUAGCAUACAUUGGGUGUACAGGAUUCAAGUAUAGAAUUGUUUACUUGGCAAUUAUUCUUCUGCUCUUUCAUGUGAAUGUUAUCUCUUAAAUAUUAUUCUCUUCAAUAAAUGUUAUUACAACA